UAAAAUUCUUUAAAAAUGGUAAUAAUCUGUGUGGCGUGCAGUGACAUAUGAUUCAUUUUUAGAAAUUGCCAAAUUGGUGUCAAGUUUCUUGAGUGUGCUAUUGAAGAUACUUUAAAUUGUAAAUAUUAUAUUCGAAUAAAAUAUAGUAAUCAUGCAGAAUCCUAAUGAAGACACAGAAUGGAACGAUAUUCUUCGCUCGAAGGGAAUUAUACCUCCGAAAGAGAAGGAAGUCUCCGAAGAAGAAAUCGUUAAUAUGAUAGAAGAAACUAUUCAGAAAAAACAGGCCGAAAAGGAAAAGCAACUGUCGGAAUUAGACUUGGAUGGUUUGGAUGAACUAGAGGAUUCAGAGGAUGAAGCAGUUUUAGAAGAAUUCAGAAGAAAACGGAUCGCAGAACUAAAAAGAUUAUCAGAAAAACCCAGAUUUGGUGAAGUUCGUGAAGUCUCAGGUCAGGAAUAUGUACAAGAAGUGAAUAAGGCUGGUGAAGGCAUCUGGGUCGUCAUACAUUUAUACAAGCAGGGAAUACAACAAUGUGCCCUAAUUAACCAGCACAUGAAGCAGCUGGCAGCAAAGUACCCAUACACAAAGUUCUUGAAGGCAUUCGCUCAGACAUGUAUACCAAAUUUCCCCGAGAGGAACCUGCCCAGUCUUUUUGUAUAUUUUGAGGGUGAUAUGAAGAAGCAGUUCAUCGGACCUCAUGAACUACGAGGGACAUCUCUGACUUGUGAUGAACUGGAGUACAUAUUGGGUAAGGUGGGAGCAGUGAACACUACAAUAACUGAGGAUCCCCGACCGAAAAUUAAGGACAAGCUUUUUGCUGAUCUUGGCAAUAACGACUGGUGAUAAGAGCAUUCUGUACUUAUGAGAUGUCCGAGUGAUUGCUCUACCGCAAUAUAUUUAUUUAUCAUUUUACUAUGUACAUGUUGAUUAUAUACAGGAUGUUACGUGAUAAGUUUAGAUUAUGUUAAUUAUUAUUAAAGAAAAAUGUACAAAA